AUGGAGGAAACACAUCCCCCUCCGACCCUCACCAACCCUCGCUUCACUCUCGAGCUGGAGUUUGUCUCCUCGCUUGCCAACCCCUACUAUCUCUCACACCUUGCCGUCAACUACCCGAAUCUCCUGGGCAUCUCCCGCGCCGACGACGGCGAUACCGAUUCCACGUCGUCCCCCGACGCCCAAGCCUUCGCCGCAUACCUGGAAUACCUCUACUCGUACUGGAAGACGCCCGAGUACUCGCAAUUCCUCACCCACCCCGGUCCCACGCUGCGGGCGCUGCGCUUGCUCCAGGAAGACGCCUUUCGUCGGGAUAUCAUCCUACCCCAGGUUAUCGAGGGGUUGGUCGGGGUCAGCAUGCCUGGUGACCGUACACAGACCGAACCAGAUACUAUGGAGGGAAGCCAAGAGCAGCCGGAUGCACAGAAUGGAGCGAAGACAUGA